GUGCAAUGGGUUAGUAGAAUAAGGCUAAGGCUAUGGGUUAGUAUAAAAACCCACUCAGUGACUCAGUGGUCAAGUUAUCUUUUUAUAGGCUGUAAUCAUAUUAUUUCCUAUGACGUCCUAAUGCCCAAAAUCAAACCCCCUUAGAUUGUCUUAACUGAGUUGUAAAACAUCCCAACAGCUAAACCAAAAUGCUUCAACCAUCAUUUACAAAGCCAAAGAAUUGCACUUUUAUUUCCAAUGUGGUUAUAAUAGAUACGUAGUUCAUUCUGCCAAUGCCAAACUUGGUACACUGUUGGUACACUGCCAGGUUCAGCCACCUGGAUAUCGAGGAAAACUCCCAAGUUGGAUCUGGUUUUGUCUGGACAUAAAUAGCUCUGCAUGAAAAAAACAGUUAGUUUGGGCGAACAGAUGGAAGUCAUACUCGUCCUCCUCGUGGUUGUUACAGCCGGGUCUGGCUGUGGUGUACCCGGCCACCAGCCCAACACCAGCCGGGUGGUGGACGGGGAGGAGGCCCGUCCCUACAGCUGGCCGUGGCAGGUUUCUCUGGAGUCUUUCUUCCCCACUUGUGGAGGAACUCUCGUUGCUCCCAACUGGGUCUUGACUGCUGCUCACUGCAUCACAUUCCACACCUACAGGGUCGUCCUCGCAGAGCACAACAUGGACAAAGACGAGGGGCCGGAACAGUUCAUUAUGGUGGACAAAAUGUUCAUCCAUCCCAAAUGGAACGACGACUGUGUGUCCUGUGGGAACGACAUCGCGCUGCUCAAACUGGAGAAAAACGCCGUCGUCAACGACAAGGUCCGGCCGGCCUGCCUGCCUCAGCGCGACGCCGCUCUCGCCCACCACCAGCCCUGCUACGUCACGGGCUGGGGCCGACUCUACUCCGGCGGCCCCCGGGCGGCCGCGUUGCAGCAGGCCCUCCUGCCCGUGGUGGAUCACGCCACCUGCAGUCGCGGCGACUGGUGGGGCAGCUCGGCGAAGACCACCAUGGUCUGCGCGGGAGGAGGGAGCAAGUCGGCGUGCCACGGCGACUCCGGAGGCCCCCUGAGCUGCCGGGGCGGAGACGGGAGGUGGUACGUGCAAGGCGUGACUAGUUUUGUGGACGGACGGGGCUGCAACGCCACUCAGAGGCCCACGGUCUUCACCCGAGUGGCCUCCUUCAUCCCCUGGAUCAGCGAGGUGAGCAACAGACGAAUCAACUCGUGCCGUUUGUGAGACGCGCUAACGUGUUCUUGUUCCAUUGUUCUUCAGACCAUGGCCCACAACUGAAGAUGUCUCCAAAACCCAACAAGUGUUUGGACAAUAAACUGCAUUUCGACA